AGAGCAGAAAGCAGAUGUGUCAGUCAGGUAAUGACUGAAAACAAGAACCUUGAUGCCCGAUCUUUCCCUGCUGCACCCACACCUGAUUGGCUGAAUAAGCAGCUGUUUGACAAGUGCAAACAUGUAUUCUGAAGUUCAGCUGACACCAACAUGAUGCUGAGCGAAAGAGACAAAUCAAGGGGAUAUCUUCCCUCUCUGUGUCACUGCCCCUCCACUGCAGUUCAGCAAGUCUGUGGAGAGGAAACCACAACAGUGACAGCCAUAGUCACAGAGGAAGGAGGAGGCUUUUACUUGAUGUGAACAUGAACUGAUCAAAGUGUAUCUCACUUCACCAAGUAACAGGAUGGUGGAAACAUCUCUGCUGUUGCUGCUCUUUGUGACCUCACCGCUCUGCUGCACAACAAACCAAGCAUCUCUGACUGUGAGUCCCAGCAGCUCUCAGCUGUUUGAAGGAGAAUUUGUCUCUCUGAGCUGUGAGGAGGACGACAGCUCUGCUGGAUGGACGCUGAGGAGGAACACAACUGAAGGACGGAUGUCUCAGUGUGGAGAUCGCUGGGGAAGAUCAGCUGGUUCUUCUUGUAAGAUCAGUCUGACACGCUCAUGGGACAGUGGAGUUUACUGGUGUGAGUCCACAGAGGGAGCAACCAGUAACACCAUCAACAUCACUGUCACUGGUGGAUCAGUGAUCCUGCAGAGUCCUGUCCUCCCUGUGAUGGAGGGACAUAAUGUCACUCUGCACUGUAAACCAAAGACCCCUCCCUCCAACCUCACAGCUGCUUUCUAUAAAGAUGGCACCUCCAUCAGCACUGAGCCUUCAGGUCACAUGACCAUCCACCAUGUUUCCAAGUCUGAUGAAGGCCUCUACAAGUGUCACAUCAGCCGUCAUGGAGAGUCUCCACCCAGCUGGCUGUCUGUCACAGGUACACCUACAACCACAGCCCUGCCCUCUGCCUCUGCAGCCCCGCCCACUGCCUCAGCCCCACUCCAGCUUGUGUUCAGAUGGGUCUGCCACUUAGUGGUGUUCUGUCCCUACUGCAUCUCCACUGUCCUCAUGGUGUCUUUAUAUCGACACAGGCCCACAGCAGGAAAUGACCUGCCCGUCUCCAUGGUGAUGACCCCGCCCACCCAGGCUGAGGCCGGAUUGGAUGACUAUGAUGAUGUCGUCACAGCUGUCACCACAGAGCAUCACUUCUGAGCUGAUCCAAUAUGUUCAACGUGUUCUCGUUCUUAAUUGAAGCUAAAAUGUUUGAGUCUUCAUAGACAAACACCAGAGGACCCAGAACACUUCCCUGUGGAGCUCCACAUGUUCUGGUUUGACUUGUAGAUGAUGUUGAACUCAGGAUCUCAGACUUCAGCAGCAGCAACAGUCUCACUUUAAAGCCUGAUCACUCAGAUAGAGACUGACUCAACUGAACUUGAUUCAUGAUACAAAUGCAUUGUACAAAGCUGUCAGCAUGUUUUUGGUCCAAGUGAAAGCUGAUAGCUUUUCAGGUUCUGGUGUGGGUUGUGUUGGUGUUCAUGUUUGUUUGGUUCAGAUGAUUUAGAAGAACCUCGGCAGCUUUUAAAUCUCACCUGAUCAAAUAUAACUACAUGAUGAGCAUCUUUACUCUCAGUAUUUGUUCCCACGUGAUCAUGUGGUUUUGUCUGUGGGUUCAUCACUUCACUUCUCCUCUCAUAUCGAACAGUUUCCUUGUAACUGCUGUGGAGAAAACACACAGACAUGUAGCGUUAUACAAAGAGGAAGGAGGAGGCUUUUACUGACUGUCAAACUGCUGUUGAUCUCAUUUCAGCAGCAGAAUGGAAGAAACAUCAGUCCAGAUGCUGCUGGGUGAGUCCAGUCUGCUGAAUGUGUGUUGAUGUCUAAAUGUUGAGAGAUGAUCUCUGCUGCUUCUCACAGCUCAAAGAGUCAUUUCUCUUUAGUUCUGACAUACCUGCUGUACUGCACAACAAACCAAGGUUAGAAAACUUCUUCUAUCAGUCUGAAAUUCACUGAUUCUGCCUGACAAACCCUGAUAAAACUGUUAGGGUUGAGGACACAGCUGGAAGUCGGACAGAGUUAGAAGGUCGACUCUGUGUCCUAAAACUAGAAUUUAUCUAAACACAUUUGAAGGAAAUGUAGUAGCUGCCAGCCCUGCGACGAGUUGGCCACUGUCCAGGGUGUACCCUGCCUAAGGCCCAAAGUCACUGGGAUAGGCUCCAGUCACCCGCGACCCCUAACGGGACCAAGCGGUAGAAAAUGGAUGGAUGGAUGGAUGGAUGUAGUAGCUGCCUGGAUUUUGUUCCAUGGCAGCGUUUUGUGUUACGUUGUUUUACCACAGAAAUCAUAGGUGGUGGUUGGGGUCGAUGGUGGACUUGCAAAGCUCAGAACAUGACCCAAAACAGAAGAUGGAGACGCCCACACAGUCUGUGCACCAAUGACUGACCACUCUGUGCUUGUCGUUGCACUUGCAUGAUUAAAGUGGGGCCCUUCAUCUUGUUGUAUCUUGGUCUCCCUUGAAAGAAACAUUUCCAAACUAAAAGUGGGGUUUACCUGGUUAAAUAAAGUUUACAUUAAAGAAAAAAUACAUCAAGACACAUGUCCCACCCCCUAAAAAAUGUUUGACCAGAGACCAAAGAAAGUCACGAAAAGGUAUGAAAUAUUUGGAUUUGUCUUAGUUAUUUAUUCAAACACUUUAACUAAGUUUUCUUAAAAAUGUUUUGUUGCAUGUAUCCAGCAUUGGUCUAAAUGCUCACUCAAAUCAUCUCCAGACUGCCAGGAAUAAAAUGAUGGCCUGUAAAUACUGAA